AUGUCAGAGCCGGAUGCAACCGUAAAAAAACCAAGCACUCCAACAAAUGCAGCAUCAAAAACUUAUGGCGAUCGUCCAGUUCCAUUUCAAUUUCCUGAUAGUGAUGAAAAAAUGUAUAUUGGUUCAGAAGUGGGUAAUUAUUUACGGUUAUUUCGUGGAACACUUUACAAAAGAUAUCCAUCGUUGUGGCGUCGAGUGAUCACAUCAGAAGAACGAAAAUGGUUAAUUGAACGUGGUUGUUCUGAAUCGUCAUUACCUACAAAUCUAACAUUAUUACGUGCAAAUGAAGUCGAUGAAAUAUUACUUGGCAACGAAGAAAAAUAUCGUGCAUUAACAAUGAAUGCAGAUCCUCCUACAACACGAUCUGAUAAAACAAAACGAUCAACAUUAUUAACAACAUUUUCGACAGAUUCACAUCAUCUUGAAACUGUACCAGCAGCAACACCAGUCAAUCGAAAUCGACCAUCAAUGAAAAGAAAAACUUUUCCAUUAUGUUUUGAUUAUACAGAUACAUCAGCUGCUAUUGAAAAUGCUGAACAAGUUGAAGAACUUGUUCCUAUUCGUCUUGAUAUGGAAGUUGACGGACAAAAGUUACGCGAUACAUUUACAUGGAAUAAAAAUGAACAAUUGAUUACACCAGAAAUGUUUGCUGAAAUUCUUUGUGAUGAUCUCGAUUUAAAUACUGCCUCAUUUGUACCGGCUAUUUCACAAGCUAUACGUCAACAAGUUGAAGCUCAUCAGGAUAAUUUUCUAGGCGAAGGCAAUGAUCAACGUAUUAUAAUUAAAUUGAAUGUUCAUGUUGGCAACGUAAGUUUGGUCGAUCAAUUCGAAUGGGAUAUGUCAGAUAAACAAAAUAGCCCUGAAGAAUUUGCUCGUGUAUUAGCAGCUGAAUUAGGUCUUGGUGGUGAAUUUGUUACAGCUAUUGCCUACAGUGUCCGUGGACAACUUAGUUGGCAUAAUAAAACAUUUUCCUAUAGUGAAAAAGCAAUCUCGUCGGUCGAUGCUCCUAUGCGUACAAAUCAUGAAGCUGAACAAUAUUGUCCAUUUUUAGAAACAUUAACUGAUGCUGAAAUCGAUAAGAAAAUUCGCGAUCAAGAUCGAAACACAAGACGUAUACGUCGUUUGGCAAAUACUGGUUCUACUCGAUAG